AUGUCUCACAAAAUUUCUAACCUAAAUGUAGUCGAACUUGAAGAACCAUCCAAAUACAUUAAGCCAUACCGAAUGAACUUUAUCCAGGAUGGUCGGCAACGCAUAUGGGAUGGUAUUGUAGCACAUGAUAGUGUUUCAAUACUUCUGUAUCAUUCUGAGAAAAAGUCGUUACUUUUCGUAAAGCAGUUUCGCCCAGUUGUAUACUAUUCAAAGUUGAGAAAGCUUGGAAUUAUCCGAAGUGUAACAGAUGGUCCAGUUGAAAGCAGUGAGAUUAAUCUCCCAUCUAGCAAAAUUGGGGAAACAUUAGAACUGUGUGCUGGAAUAAUCGAUGGAGUUCAAAAGAAUCCAAAGUUAUAUGCUGUUCAAGAGGUUUUGGAAGAAUGUGGAUAUAAAAUCAAUGAAGAUUCUUUGCAUUUAAUAAGUUCGUUUUUUUCAAGUGUUGGAUUAGCAGGUACUGAGGUAACUUUAUACUAUGCUGAAGUGCAUGAAAAUCAGAAAGUUCCUAAUGCUGGUGGUGGAUUACAUGAAGAAGGUGAAUAUAUUGAAGUCAUAGAAUGGCCUAUUUCACGAAUUGAAGAACUAUUUCAAUAUGGUACCAAUGGUACUCAUCAACAACCUACUUCACUGUCAUUAUUGUAUGCAAUAAUGUGGUUCAAACAGAAUAUUCUGCCUUCUUUACUUUUAGAAAGUUAG